AUGUUCGUUUUCUCCCUGCAGAAACGACACAAAGACAACUCGACGCUGUGUGAGCUUGCCUCGAGAUUGUUGGCGUGUUUUUUAGACGAAAUGCCCAUUCCACCGUCUCAACUAAAUCAGAGUCCCCAUCGGCCGCUCUUUUCACCAACGACAAUGUCCAAAUUGUACCAAGAAGCACCGUCCCCGUAUAGCCCAAACAUUAAACUACCCCUGCCGCGUCAGCUGACUUCGCCGGUCCAACAAGCCAGACGUGCACAGAUCUUUAGCAUGCCUAAACUUGCUGCUGUUGAAGGGCCGCGACAAUACCGCUGCAAUACCCCAAACGCCCCACCAUCUCGAGUUGAACGCAGUACCGACAUAGAAGCCAAUCAAGCACAUGACCCAGCAAUCAACUCACCUCCGCAAAGCCCAAGUGGUAGCAGGUUAACCAAGUCUCGAAUUGCCGUCUCUGACAAAACCUCGUGGAAUUCUGAGUGUAUCAAUUCAGUAAGUGGUUUCGACUGGUGGUGGCGGUCACUGCCACAGAAUCACGCAUGCCUAGAGCGAACUCAAAAGCUGAAAAUGGUCACAAAGGCAGCCGUGCGUUUACACUCGAAAGGAGAACUACAGCGCGCUAUCGAGUUGUAUCAGCAGGCGUUAUCAUCAGAGACCACCGACGACGUGCAGUUCAGGUUGCGUAUUAACUUGGCUUGUGCGUACGAAGAAGCAGAGGAUCUGACAGCGAGUAUAGAGGAACUCCGGCUAGCAUUGGAGCUGAAUUCUCAAGACCCUUACACGAUUUAUAAGCUUGGCCGUGCCCUGACCUCUCUGCUGUUGGUUUGA